AUGCCUACCAGAUUAACAAAGACUAGAAAGCACAGAGGUAACGUGUCGGCCGGUAAGGGUCGUGUUGGAAAGCACAGAAAGCAUCCCGGUGGUAGAGGUAUGGCCGGUGGUCAGCACCACCACAGAACCAACUUGGACAAAUACCACCCAGGUUACUUUGGUAAAGUUGGUAUGAGAUAUUUCCACAAGCAACAAGCCCACUUCUGGAGCCCAGUCAUCAACCUUGACAAGCUGUGGUCUCUGGUUGAGGAGAAGGACAAGAAGAUCGCUUCUAGCACCAAAGAUUCCGCUGUUGUCAUCGACACCUUGGCCUCUGGAUACGGAAAGGUUUUGGGUAAGGGAAGAUUGCCAGAAGUUCCAGUCAUUGUGAAGGCUAGAUACGUUUCGAAGUUGGCCGAGGAGAAGAUCCGUGCUGCUGGAGGUGUUGUUGAGCUUAUUGCUUAA